AUGUUGAUGACCUUUUGGGAGCAGGCGAAUAAUAAACCCGAGGAACUAUCCGUCAAUACCUUCGGAAAGGAUUGCAGUCUACAGAAAAUUGAGAGCCAGCUACAUAGUCUGCUUGCUUCAUCGAAACGCGACAUAUAUAUCGUCAUUGAUGCACUAGAUCAACUUCCCCCAGAUUCUCAAAACCAACUAAUUAGUGGGCUCAAUACCAUGGUUGAAAUCCUCAAAGAACGAUCGGGCGGUCGUCUAAGUGUCGCUAUCAGUUCUUCCGAUCACACUGGUAUCGAUCAGCUACGAGAGCAUAAGCUAUUUUGUCUAUUUCCUAUCGAAGUUAGACCGGAGCACAGUAAGCGUGAUAUCAAAACGUACCUGACACAAAAACUCCAAUCGGCACUGUUUCGGAAACAUCCAAAUCUUAGAACUCAGGUCUUUGACAAACUGAUAAAAGACGCAGAUGGAAUGUUCCUAUGGGUCCACCUCCAAAGAUUGAACAUUUGCAAGAUGGAAAUGAAAUCACAAGUCUUACAUGCCCUGGAAAGUCUUAUUCCACCAGAGGGAAUGGAAAGUAUUUACCAAAAAUAUGCCGAAGAUUUUGAGCUAUUAAGAGACGAAAUCCAACGGCAAAUAACUCAAAGGGCAAUCGCUCUAUUAUCACAAAGUACAGGAUCAAUAUCAAUAAAGGUCGUUAUUGGAGCGCUCUCUUUGGAUAGCAAUGGAAGAGUAGAACCAGAUCUUCAUCAGGAGCUAACCGAUAAUCCUGCUCAAAUUGUCCGUUUUUGCAACUACUUGCUUCGCAUAAACGACAAUCUUGGCAUCUUUGAAUUCUGUCAUGGAACAGUUUUUGAGUUCUUUAGAAGUUACAAUCCAACAACCUACAACCACCGGAUUGCCAAGAUAUGUUUAUCUCACUUGGGCUCGUCAGAAUUCUCUCAAGGUCCCAGAAGUGACGCUACGUGGUACAGUCCUGGUAGCCUAGAGCCGAUUUUACGGAGUCAUCCAUUUUUACAGUUCGCAUCUUCUGAAUGGGCCACUAGCAUUAAGAAGAGCUUCGCAUCUCAGUCUCCACAAGACCUCAAAAAAAGCCACUCAGACGUUUUGAAGCUGCUCAAGACACUUUUUGGGAGAGGCGGAGCAGCCGAAGAAAAAGGGAACCUGCAACUGGCGUUCCAGGUGCACUUGCUUAAUAUGGGCAAGAUAAUGCCGAGAGGAGUUACUCAUGACCAUAUCGUCAGCUAUUUUGCUCUUGUAGAUUUGUUUGAUAUUUUCAAAGAAAAGGGAUGGUUCGACCCAAAGAAACUUGACAGCGAUGGGCUGAGGCCGAUCCAUUGGGCGAUACGAAACGAGAAAGAUUUUGGCGAUGUUGCACUCACUGUUGAAAAGUUGAUCCAGUAUGGCGCCGACUUCAAUGCGACAGACAAGGAAGGCCGCAGCCCGCUCUACUACGCGGCUCAUUGCGGGAAUUGGCAGGUAACACAACUACUAAUUGGUAGGAAAGCAAUGCUUAAUACUACAGACAAAAAUGGAGAGACCGCUUUGAUUGCUGCUUGCAGGAAGCAUCAUGAGAAUGUUUUAUCGCUUCUCCUAAAUGCUGGAGCAGACGUAAAUAUAAAGAGCUCGUUUGGCACUGCUCUACACGUCAUUUCCUUGAUUGGAUGUUGUCGUUGUGCUGAAAAAAUACUGCUCGAUUGGAAGAAGCCAAAGACCAUUCAAAGGGACGGGCCAUUUGGCACUUCUCUGCAUGCUGCGGCAUUUUACGGUCACUCGGAUCUUGUUAAGAUCCUUUGUUCACAAGGUAUAAACUUUCGUGCAACGCACAGAACAUACGGGACUCCUGUGACAGCUGCGGCUGCGGGGCUCAACCCCGGCCUGGAUCCGGCCCCUUUCAAGAAAACUAUUAAGGAAUUGAUCAAAUAUGGAGUGAAAGUCAAUGACCAAGGGGGUACAAUCGGACCCGCUCUUCGUGUAGCUGCAUAUCAUGGGAGCCCAGAGAUCGUUCUUCUACUUUUAGAGGAAGGUGCCAAGGUCCGCAAGGCAAAAGGACCAAUGGGUACGGCGUAUGAAGCUGCAGAAGACCGUGGGCACAAGGGAAUUCAAAGAAUUUUAUUGGAAAGCGAUUCAAAAGCCGCAUAUUACGGUCGAGCACAUGCGUCUAAAAGUAGUGAUCCCCAACAAAUUAAUCGCAAGGCGUUUAGGGCAGCCGUCAAAGCAAGUAGCAUGGACAGAAUCAACAUCCACAUCAAGCAGUUGAUCAAAUUCUUUGAUAAAGAAUAUAAAAGAGGUGAUACCAAAUUUCUCAGGGCAUUAGCCAAGCUUGGUAAGGACGCGUUCGAGGAUGUGAUAAUGUUGGCAACAGAGUCCCGUGAUAACAACCACACGGCAACGAAGAGACAAAACCAUGGCGGCAGACUGUCACUUCGAGGCCUUCUGUAUAGAAUUUUCUGUAUGAUUUCAGAAAAUGAAGAUGGCGAGUCGGUCUCAGGAGCUCGGUCCUUGCAUGAAACGUCUUCCCAUCUCCACAGAGUGUCAUCUUUUGUGCAAGAUGGUCUCGGAGAGCAUUUCCCACAAGUUUUAGACAAAAUGACUCAGGCUGCAGUGAAGAUCUUAGAGAAUGCCAUUGCGAGCAAGGACAGAACUGUCAUCAGAUUGAUCGCUGAAACAUGGGUCGAAGCACUGAACGAUCUCGUCUCAUACCCUGGCUUUGGAGAGCCAAUGCUGAAUAUGGUCGUUCAGAAGCGUGCGAACGAACUGAAGGGACAUUUGAUCAACCUAGACCUAAGUCCGGAGGAAAGGUUGAGCAAAGCUGAGGCCUUGGCUAUGGUCGGUAUUGAACUACUUUUGAUGGCUGUUGAGCGCGGUAAGCGGUUUAAAUAUUUGUCCUUUGUCAUUUCGAAGCUCUGGAUCAAGGCUCUCGAUGAUGUGGAGGAACUUGGUGAAGCAGGACAGGCGCCAAUACGGGAAUUUAUACGAAUAUUUCAAGAACGAUUCUCGAAUGCAGUCAUGAUCGGAGAUCAAGUCAACGCCGAGGUCUGUACACAAGCUGGUAUUGAGCUCUUGAGAGCAGCAUCGUUUAGCCCGAGAAAAAAUUUGCUGGAGAAACUAAGCAAUGAAUGCGUGAUACUGAUAAAUUUCUCUCUUGAGCAAAAUAUGGCGUAUAUGGUAAACACGCUGAUCGACCAGAGAUUAAAAGAAUACCAAGAGUUCUUGAAGGAUGAUAAGCAUGUCGAAGCUUUUGGUCUCGCACUUGCAAAUAUUGGGGUUCUCCGUGCGGCUAUUGAGCAAAGAAGUGAUCCCACUACAUCUAUAUUACAGUCAACCGUUGAAUCGGCUGUGGAAUGGACGCAAGAAUUUCUCACCGACCGUAAUAAGUCUACUGCUGAACCAGCCUCAAGGCAGCACCUAGGAGCCAUCGUUGACGCCCUUAUCAGCUUGAUUGCGAUAGCUGAAGAAAUACAGCCCGGCCGAUUGAGAAGUUUAGCUUCAAAUAUUCUUGAUCUCGCGAAACUUGCUCUAAGCAACGACUAUAAAGAACUUAAUGAGGUUGUCAAUCAGCGUAUUGAAGAUGCUGAUCAAAUUGUCUCCCCUUAUGAGCGAGAGGAGCGGUUAAUUCAAAUUGCUAGAACAAAUUUUCUUUUCCUUGACAUAGCAUUAUGUACUGAAGAAAGAGAUACCAUCAUUCUGGGGAUACUGGAAGGGAUGACUUCAGGCAGUUUGAUUAAGAUGUUGCCGGAUUUUGUCGAAAGAGAUGAAUUAGCAGGAUAUGUUAGAGCUAUUGAGUUUUUACAAUUUAAUGCAAUUUAG